AACAAAACCCGGAAGAGAGAAGCGGAACACAACGAAAUGUCGCAGAAAACAAGCGAAGUUUGUGAAGUGCAAGAAGACCGUUACUUGAAAUAAGCGCAUCGCUAACCCUCCCCACGCGGACGAGGGACACGUUUUAGAAAUGUGACGCCUACGAGGGAUCAAUUGCGUCUUUGAAGUGUCGAGUCGCGGUAAAGCGCCGUCGGUUGACGUUAGCUUAACAAGCGGUUAACGUUAGCUAACUAGCGGCUAGCUCAGUCGGACGACAGGACGCCGCUGUGCUUCACGACCUGGUGACGACGGGGGCGUAUUUAACGAGCGGUCGGUGAUGCGUUUUAAAGGCAUUUCCAGCUCGCGGCGGAUCAACGAGGGGCUGUUUGCUGUCAGAAGUCUGGAUUCCUGCCCAGUCCUCCCUGCUCUCUUUGUGAGAUGACCUGACCGCGGCUUCGCUGCUUCCAGCAUCAGAUGACAAUGGCCAGAAUAGCCUGGUAUCAGGAGAAGAUCGGCGCCUAUGACCAGCAAGUCUGGGAGAAAUCUCUGGAGCAGGCGGAUUUAAAUGGUUUGGAGAGCCAACCCAGAAAGACUGGUCACAUCAAACCAGACCUCAUUGAUGUCGACUUAGUAAGAGGAUCAACUUUCGGCAAAGCCAAGCCCGACAGACCCUGGACCGUUCUGACCCGGAAGGGUCUGGUCCGAGUGCUGCUGUUCCCGUUCUUCUUCCAGUGGUGGAUCCAGGUGACCUCCAGGUCCAUCUCCUCGUGGAUCCUCGUACUGUAUUUCAUGCAAGUGGCAGCAGUGGGGCUGUUCGUGGAGGUCCCCGGGGCGAGUGCCAGCGAGGUGUUUGGGCCCAUGUGUCUGAUGCUGCUCCUGGGUACCGUGCACUGCCAGAUUGUCUCCACCGAGUCCAGCCGGUGGCCCCCGGCAGCCAGCUGCACCACCAGCCCUGCUCGCAGGCGCAGGCCGAGGAAGGGCAGAGUGCCGAAAAGACCGGAGGACAAGAGCGACGGGGCGGACGCAGGGCAGCAGGGCCCGUGGCCGUUGGAUGAAGGCCAGCUGUACAAGGAGCGGAGGACCACACGAAAAUCCGGAUUUGGCGCAUCUGACGAGCUCUCCAGUGAGGAAGAGGAGGGGGUUGAAGUAAAUCUUCCUCAGGCUCAUCAAGAGCGGCACUCUGCCUCAACGUCGUCGGUCAGGAAGAGAAGUCAGAAGUCCGUCUCCGAAACCCCGUUGAGAUCUCCGGAAGUCGCCUGCGGCAAGGUGCGUCCCCGAGACGUGGAGCGCCUACGGCCGAGCGGCGGCUCGCGCGCGGCCUCCGACACGGACGACGCACUGUGGGAGGAGCUUCUCCAAGGGCCUGACUCCGCCUCCUCGGGGAGCAGUGACACCGAGUCGAGCGGGAGGUUCAACGCCGGCGUGCCGCUCCCACAAACCACCACACUGAGCAGCGACGACGACGACGAGAGCCUCCAGCAGGGAAUCACCGGGAGCCAGCUGUCUUGGCUGCAGGCGUGUCACCCGUCCAACGACCGGGUCAGCGCCAUAAUAUGGGAGCAGGGCGAGUGCAAGAAAGCAGACAUGUCGGUGUUGGAGAUGAGUGGGAUCAUCCUCACGCGGGUGAAGCUGGUGGAGCAGGGGAUGGGUUACCUUGUGCUUGGUGGGCUGAUGACGGCCACCCUGGCACUGCUGCCUUUCUUCUUCCACCUGGCGCAGCGUCUGAACACGGCGACCCUGAGCUCCCUGUCCCUGGGACAGCUGGGAGAACUGGUGUGGGGCCGUCGCGAUGCCCUCGUCUACGUCUUCUUCCUCAUCACUAUAGUGCUGAGAUUCUGCCUCAUAGGACUGUUCUUCUUCAUGAUGUGCGUGGCCGAGAGAACGUACAAGCAGAGACUCUUGUUUGCAAAGUACUUCAACCACAUCACUUCGGCACGCAAGGCCAAGAAAUCCGAGGUCCCUCAUUUCCGGCUGAAGAAGGUCCAGAACAUAAAGAUGUGGUUGUCGCUGCGCUCCUUUCUCAGGAGGCGAGGGCCGCAGCGCUCCGUCGACGUCAUCGUCUCCACCAUCUUCCUUUUGGCGCUGUCCAUUUCAUUCAUCAUCUGUGCCCAGCUGCUGCACAGCCACCAAACAUUCCUGGAAUCUCUGACCAACUGGGAGCUGAUGGUGUGGGCCUCCUCCCUCGUGCUCUUCCUCCUGCGGCUGGCCACGCUGGGCUCGGAGACCGACUGCAAAUACAGCAACUCCUCAGUGCUGCUCACCGAGCAGAUCAAUUUGUAUCUCAAGAUGGAGAAAAAGCCAAAUAAGAAAGAACAACUCAAUAUAGUGAACAACGUUUUGAAACUGGCCACAAAACUCAUGAAGGAGCUGGAUACUCCGUUCAGACUGCUGGGUCUGACUGUGAACCCUCUCAUCUACAACAUCACGCGGGUGGUGAUCCUCUCCGCUGUGUCCGCCGUGGUCAGCGACCUGCUCGGCUUCAACAUCAGACUGUGGAAGAUCAAGCCUUAAUGUGAAAGCGGUCAGACUGUGGAGACCAGAAGCUCCCCACGUCUGCUCCACACAGCAUCUCAUAUCUACAAGCAGAAAAGACAAAAACCGUGCAAACCUACUGUGUGUGUGUGUGUGUGUGUGUGUGUGAGAUCAUCGUGCUUCAUCCCCGUUCCUUCCAGCCGAACCUUCUGUCUCAUCAGUCAUUCCCGAGCCGGAGACGCUGUGACUAUUGCUCAGCCGCCGUGCACCCGCCACGCCGCCAACCCCCGUUGAGACGGUUCCUCUGUACGUGGUUAAAUGUGCCGCUGAGUUUGAGAUCUGCUGCCACGGAAGCCUGAAACUUGCCAAAUGUGCGCAGAUGUGUGGACCCAACAUGACGUGCAGAAGUAGGUCUUAAUCACUGGUGUUACUCGUCAGUGUAACUGUAAAUUUAAAAUGGGACGGCGGCUUAAUUAACAGAAUUUUCAUAGGACUCAACGUUGCAUUCAACCUUUUGUACUAUUUAAAAGAAGAAACGUGGCUUUUAUUUAUUUGGGGUUCUGUUUUAGCACUUGUGACGGUACCUGUGUAAAUCCUAACGGUCUGACCACUAUCUGUUGAAUUAAAUGACUAUGCAAUGUCUGUAAAUGUAAGGAAAUGUUCGAUAGCUGUAAAUAAAUGAUUUUCAAUCCAC